AUGGCUUCCCUUUGCAAAAUCCUGAUCCUUCUUACCGUCGCCCAACCUAUUUUGGCUGCACCAACUGUACAGACUGUUGGCGGGAUCCAGGCACGGGAACCAUCACCCGACAACGACGUCGAUGGUGCCAACCUGAGAUCAUACUGGCCUCGUAAAGCAGCUCCUGACAAUGAUGUCGAUGCCGCCGACCUUCGUUCUUACUGGCCCCGAGACGCAGCUCCCGACAAUGAUGUCGAUGCUGCCAACCUGAGAUCUUACUGGCCUCGAAAGGCGGCUCCUGACAACGAUGUCGACGCUGCUGACUUGCGAUCGUACUGGCCGCGCGAGGAGGUUUCCAAGGAUUAA